CCCGGCCAGGCUCCGGGCGGCGGCGGCCGCGGAGCAGCAGCCUCGGCGCGACGUGGAGGGCUGGAGGCGGCGGCAAUGCACUAGGCCUCUCUCUGGGGCGGCUGCCCGGGACCGCAGUUGAGUGGUGAUUUUAUGCAAUGGCUUCAAGCCACAGUUCUUCACCAGUGCCUCAAGGAAGCAGCAGUGAUGUUUUCUUUAAAAAAGAGGUAGAUCCAACAAAACACAUUCGACCUGUGCAGUCACUGCCAGAUGUAUGUCCCAAGGAACCCACAGGUGAUUCAAAUAGUUUAUGUGUUACCCCAUCUCUAGUUACAGAUCAAAAUAGAUGGACUAUAUAUCAUUCCAAAGUAAAUCUCCCGGCAGCACUAAAUGAUCCUAGAUUAGCAAAAAGAGAAUCUGAUUUCUUCACAAAAACAUGGGGAUUGGACUUUGUGGACACCGAAGUCAUACCUUCAUUCUACCUCCCACAGAUCAGCAAGGAACAUUUUACAGUAUAUCACCAGGAAAUCUCUCAGAGAGAGAAGAUACAUGAGAGAUGCAAGAAUAUUUGUCCUCCUAAAGAUACCUUUGACAGGACUCUUUUACAUACUCAUGAUAAAUCCAGGACAGAUCUGGAGCAAGUACCUAAGAUUUUUAUGAAACCAGAUUUUGCCUUGGACGAUUCCUUAACUUUUAAUUCAGUUUUACCAUGGUCUCAUUUUAAUACUGCUGGUGGAAAAGGAAAUCGUGAUGCAGCUUCCUCAAAGUUGCUUCAAGAAAAGCUGAGCCAUUAUCUGGACAUUGUGGAAGUAAACAUUGCUCAACAGAUCUCUCUACGUUCAGAAGCAUUUUUUCAUGCAAUGACCUCUCAACAUGAAUUGCAGGACUACCUCAAGAAAACUUCCCAAGCUGUAAAAAUGCUUCGAGAUAAAAUUGCACAGAUUGAUAAAGUAAUGUGUGAAGGAUCACUACACAUUUUAAGACUGGCACUUACCAGAAAUAAUUGUGUUAAAAUAUACAAUAAACUGAAGUUAAUGGCCACUGUACACCAAACUCAGCCUACAGUGCAGGUGUUAUUAUCUACUUCUGAAUUUGUUGGAGCAUUGGACUUAAUAGCAACAACACAGGAGGUUCUACAGCAGGAACUUCAGGGCAUUCACAGUUUUCGGCAUUUGGGAUCACAGCUUUGUGAAUUAGAAAAACUGAUAGAUAAAAUGAUGAUUGCAGAAUUUUCUACUUACUCUCAUAGUGAUUUAAAUAGACCACUAGAAGAUGACUGUCAAGUUUUAGAAGAGGAAAGACUAGUAUCUCUUGUAUUUGGACUUUUAAAACAAAGAAAACUUAAUUUUUUAGAAAUCUAUGGUGAAGAAAUGAUUAUUACAGCAAAGAAUAUCAUUAAACAGUGUGUGAUUAAUAAGGUUUCACAAAUAGAAGAAAUAGACACAGAUGUUGUUAUGAAGCUUGCAGAUCAGAUGAGAAUGUUGAAUUUUCCCCAGUGGUUUGACCUGUUAAAGGAUAUUUUUUCUAAGUUUAAAAUUUUCCUACAGAGAGUUAAGGCAACAUUGAAUAUCAUUCAUAAUGUUGUUCUCUCAGUUCUUGACAAAAACCAAAGGACUCGAGAAUUGGAGGAGAUUUCACAGCAGAAAAAUGCUGCAAAAGAUAAUUCGCUGGAUACAGAAGUGGCUUAUUUAAUCCAUGAAGGCAUGUUUAUAAGUGAUGCAUUCAGUGAGGGCGAAUUAGCACCUAUAGUAGUUGACACUACCUCGCAAAGAAAUGCAUCUCCAAAUAGUGAGCCCUGCAGCAGUGAUUCAGUGUCUGAACCAGAAUGUACUACUGAUUCUUCGUCUAGCAAAGAGCAGACAUCAUCAUCUGCUACUCCAGGAGGUGUGGAUAUUAUGGUCAGUGAAGACAUGAAAUUAACUGACUUAGAGCUGGGGAAGCUGGCAAAUAAUAUCCAAGAGUUAUUGUAUGGUGCCUCAGAUAUAUGUCAUGAUCGAGCCGUCAAAUUUCUCAUGUCAAGAGCAAAGGAUGGUUUUCUUGAGAAGUUAAAUUCCACGGAAUUCAUUACACUUUCUAGAUUAAUGGAAACAUUCAUUUUAGAGACAGAACAGAUCUGUGGAAGAAAAAGCAUGUCAUUACUUGGAGCACUUCAAAGCCAAGCUAAUAAAUUUGUAAAUAGAUUUCAUGAAGAGAGAAAAACCAAGCUCAGCCUCCUCUUAGACAAUGAGCGCUGGAAGCAAGCUGAUGUUCCUGCAGAAUUUCAGGAUCUUGUUGAUUCUAUAUCAGAUGGAAAGAUUGCUUUACCUGAAAAAAAAUCAGGGGAAGAAAGAAAACCAGCUGAAGUUCUCAUUGUUGAGGGACAACAGUAUGCUGUUGUUGGAACUGUAUUGCUGUUAAUAAGAAUUAUCCUUGAAUAUUGCCAGUGUGUGGAUAACAUCCCAUCUGUUACUACUGACAUGCUUACUCGUCUGUCAGAUUUGUUGAAGUACUUCAAUUCAAGAAGUUGCCAGUUAGUUCUUGGAGCUGGUGCAUUGCAAGUUGUUGGACUAAAAACAAUAACUACAAAAAAUUUGGCUCUUUCUUCACGAUGUUUGCAGUUAAUUGUGCACUACAUUCCUGUGAUCCGGGCUCAUUUUGAAGCUCGACUACCACCUAAGCAAUAUAACAUGCUUAGGCAUUUUGAUCAUAUCACUAAGGAUUACCAUGACCACAUUGCUGAAAUAUCAGCUAAACUUGUAGCGAUAAUGGAUAGCUUAUUUGACAAGCUGUUAUCGAAGUAUGAAGUGAAAGCUCCCGUUCCUUCUGCCUGUUUCAGGAAUAUUUGUAAGCAAAUGGCCAAAAUGCAUGAAGCUAUAUUUGAUCUUCUUCCAGAAGAACAAACACAGGAGAACUAUAAGAAAGCUUAUUUUCUUUUCCAGAUGUUAUUUUUAAGAAUUAAUGCAAGUUACAAACUUCACUUGAAAAAGCAGUUAUCUCACUUAAAUGUGAUAAAUGAUGGAGGACCUCAAAAUGGGUUGGUCACAGCAGAUGUAGCUUUUUACACUGGAAAUCUUCAAGCCUUAAAAGGUCUUAAAGAUUUGGACCUAAAUAUGGCAGAGAUCUGGGAACAGAAGAGGUGACAACUCACUGGAAAACUGGGUAGUUCAUCUAACCAUGGGACAUGUAUGUUUCUGAAGAAUAUCUGAAUGCCUGUGUUUCGAGAACCUGGAACCCAAAGUGAACUGAGGUGGGGGAAAGGGAAAAGGAAAGUAUCAGUGUUGGGAAACUGGAUUCAGUGGGAUCUACAAGGAAUGCCAUUUUUGUGCAUUCUUAAGUGAGGAGUAACUGAUCAGGUGUCUAUAACAUUUUUCAUUCUCUCUGGAAACAGACUCAGGUUUCUUUGGACCAAAUCCAAAAGAACACAUAGCUGUAACACAGCUGUAGUUGACUAGAAUGCUCUGUAUACUUUAUAUUAAAAAAUGCUUUGCAUUUCUUCCAGUGCAAUGAAAUUCAUAUGGUGUCCCACCUUAUUUAAUGAUGGUACAAUUUAAAAUAUUAAAAUCUUAGUCAACCUCUGUAGAAAGUUUUCUCUAUGAAAGUAAAGCUGUUUGAAAAAUUAUUUUUUUACAGAUCUUUCUAUAAAAAAUAAACAUCUUUUGAUUGCUUGGA